AUGUUCUGUGCUGGUUGGACUACUACUAGAGAAGCAAACACAGGGUUUGGAGGAACUCCAUGUGCCUCAGGGCCUCUUGGUCCAUAUAGAGGUGCAUUUAGGACUAACUACCCUCGUUUAAAUCCUUCCAACCUCCUGGGUGCAAAUUCAAACACAAGAUAUAGGGAUGAGUACAUGGGUCAGGAUAACAGGAGGAGAAGUUGCAACAGAAGUAGGGGUAGAUAUAACCGUGACGGGCACUGGGAAAGGGAGAGAGAUUAUCGUCAUCAAAGUAGAAGCCACGAUGGAAGUCCUGAUUAUCACAAAGACCAUGGGAGAGGUAGAUAUGAUGAUGAGAGACGCAGUCGAAGUCGGUCAUAUGGAAGUGCCUCUCCUGCUCGUUGUAGCCCUAGUCCUCGCAGGAACCCCUCUCCACGUAAGACACCACCAUCUAGGGGUGGAAGUCCUGAUGAGCGCAAUCGCAAAGUACGCUCACCUACUCCAAAGAGUGUUUCACCACAUGGUAGAGCUACUGAUUCUCGAAGUCCAUCUCCACGUUCUGAUGCUGAUGUGACAACCUCCUUUCUAAGAUUGAUUGCAUCCAGAAGCUUGUGGUCUAAUUGGUUUUUGGGAAUUUUGUUUGUAGGAAUGAGAUAG